CUCUUCCUCCCGACAACCCCCCCAAGCCCUUCUUGCCACCGACUCAUUUUGAGAAAAAUUGGUGACCAAGCUUGGGAUUUUCUCUUUCUUUUCUUGUUCUUGAACCCAGAAAUCCCCCCCCCCUCUGCUGGAAAUCCCAGAUCUGCUCUGUUCCUCCCCUGCAGCCGGCAAGAGCCCCAGCCACCGCCACCCAUUUCCGGUCGGGAACACCGGCAAAGCUUGGGGAUUUCUCCCUAUUUUCUUGUUCUAGAACAGCCACUAAACCAGAAUUUCCAGAUCUGUUCUGCUCUGCGUCGUCCUCCCUUUGCUGUCCGCGAGUUCUGCUAUGUGGGUUUGAGUUUCUGGGCAUUUUCGGAUGCCGCCGGCUUCUUCUCCCUGCCAGCUCCGGUUUGCUUGCUCGAAUUCUGGUAAGUUGCCGGCUCUUCCAAGUCCAAUUUAACCAUGUAAUUGUUGCCUUGUGUGUGUCCAAAUUGUGCCGGAAAAGGGGAUAAAUUCCGGUAGCAUUUAGCAGCCCUUUAAAUGUGUUUUGUUGUUUAAACUAUGUGGGAAUUAGCUUGAUUAAUUGCUGUGAUGUUCUGUAUGCAUAGCCGGGCUUUAGUGCUGUUUUGCCAAGCUCGGUUUCUCCAUUUUGUCCGUUGAAAGUUUCCUGUUGAAAUGGAGGAGUUUUGGCAGCUUUAAAACAUGGGUUUUAAGCUUGCUUAACGUAGAAAAUUAGCUUGAAUUGGGUUGUGAUUUUUGGAGAGAAAAUCCCGUGAAAUUAGCUAGUGUUUUGCCCAAAUUUUUGAAGUUACCGUCACUGUUCACUGAUGAUCACUGUUCACGGGGUACUGUUCAUAGGGUACUGUUCAUAGGCACUGUUCACACACCGAGGGUUAACGAUUAACGGGGAUUUAAAGGUUUAGUUUGUGAUAUAAGAAUGAAUUUGGAGAUGUCCGAUUAUGUGGAGAUUGAUAGAAAUAGCAUUGUGAUUAGGGGUAGUGCUAAUGAUGAUUUUACUGUGAAUUUGUGGUAUGAUUAUUAAUUGUGGAAUAUUGUGAUUAGGUUUUGAUCGUUUUGUCACCGUAGCACUUGGGUUAGCCUUCUGUUCUGUGCGAGUAAGGUAAGUAAAUCAUGGUAAAGCCCUUCGAUUUUAAAGCAUGUUUUAAACUGUUUUUGAGAUGGUGGCAAGGUUUAACUUGAUUUUUAAUUGAUUUUAUCUGCAUCUGAGUGUGAUUAAACUGAAAUGAGAAUUUUGAUGAUUUUCAUGAAAAUUAUUGUUUUCUGGAAGUGAGCAUGAUUGGAAUGAAAAAGUGAGAAUUUCAUUGUUUUUCUGGAGUUAUUGUGCCGAGCAUGAUUGGUUUGAAAUUGAGUGGAGCAUGCCUAUUUGGAACUGAUUGAACUGUUUUGAUUAAUUGAGAGUUUUGUAAAUUAUGAUUUUCUGUUAAAUCCAUGCCCACAUGGAAUGUUCUGGUUAUUUAUGAAAUUAUGGAUUUCGAUCGUGAAUUUGGGACUUCGAUUGUGAAUUACGGAUUUUGAUUGUGAAUCUUGCAUGGUUAUGUCUCUGAUAUAGUCAUGAUUUCCGAUCCUCGCUAGUGGGUGUGUAGCACAUCCGAUCCCCGCUAGUGGGUGUAACGCUAGCACUUCCGAUCCCCGCUAGUGGGUGUGUAGCACAUCCGAUCCCCGCUAGUGGGUGUAACGCUAGCACUUCCGAUCCCCGCUAGUGGGUGUAAUGCUAGCACAUGUCGACAUGUUUACUGAUAUGACCGGUUCAUUCUGACGCCUGCCUCUGGGCGAAUACAUUGGCAAAUUUCUAUCGCCUGCCAGUGGGUUGUUAUAACACUGGCCAUGACUUAUAGAUGAGACUACUGAUGAGAUUUAUUCUGCAUGAACGGUUUGUCAUGAAACACUGUUAUUGAACUGAACGGGACUUUGCAUUAACG